ACGUCUAAGGAUAAAGAGCAGUGUACUUGUGCAAAUACGACGCGUGCUUCAACCGGUAGUGCAAUUUCCACAUUCUCUACGACGGCGUCUCUGUGCUCAUUCAAAAUUUCUGCUACCUCGCCUAAAUCUAAACGUAAGACGUCUAAUAAAGACAAGAAGAUGUCGCGCCGCAACAAGAAGGGAGGCAAAGAUAUGGAGUUUUUGUUCAGCGAAGAAAGUAUUGGCAUUGAGGCUCAGCAGCCAGUUGGCGACAAGGUUGAGGAAUUGUUAAAAACGGUUUUAGCAAACCAAGCCAAAAUAUUGGAAAACCAGAAAAUAGUUAUGGACCAAUUCUUUCAUUUCGGCAAGCGACUAAAUAAUUUAGAAAACAUAUUUAAUGAAAAUAAAAUCGAAGCCAGUGAGCAUCAUUCUGUUUGUAAAAUGACUGGAAAAGAAGUGGAUGAAAUUCAAACGGAAAUAUCGUUCACAUUACCAUUGCAAACGAUAGCUGCAGCUAAAGAAUUUGAAAAAAAGCUGCUGCAACAACAAUAUCUUGAGGCAAUGAAAAGGUUUCUUUUGAAAAUUAAGGGUCCUGAAACGACUGUUGACGAUUUGCUUCGUCAAAUUUAUAGUGAUGAAAUGUUGUGGCUUUGCAACUGGGAUGGUAGGGGUAACAAGGAAGCAUUAUCCCAAUAUUCUAUUGUUUCGGAUCUUCUUUUUGAUAUGUUUCAGCUAUGCGGACAAACUUACGAGAAGAACAUUCGUAGGUCCAUUGAGCUUAGUCACCACCGUCUUAAGCAGCGAGAUUAUCGGCUGCGGCAUAAAAAUAAAAAAUAAUAUUUAACACUUAUUAUAUAUAAAAAAGUUAUAUGUAAAUAAAUUAUUAAUAAUAAUUAAAAAAAAAAUUUAAUUACUAAUCAAUGCAUGUAUUUACCUUUUGCUUUCGAAUAAUAACGUUUAUACUAUUUUGACACUAAUUUUGCCUUAAUAUAAUUUUUUAAAUAU